AGGAUAAAGGAAUAUAAAGACAAACCCUACUUCUACCCCGGGAUGGAAAGGUAGGAAGCCCCGGUCCAUGUUGCCGAUAUUCUCCUCCUCUUUUCCCCUCCAUUCCCCUCCCCAGCACUUCCUCUAAACUAGCGCUUGAAUAGAAUACAAGAGAAGCAAGACGAUGAGAGAAGAGGGAGGAGGGAAUGAAACAAUGAACAAUUAGCCGAGGAGGAAGAAUUUUCUCCUCAUUCUCCGCAAUUUCCUGUCUAGGAUUUCUCUUGUGCGGCCGUGAUGCAAAGAUCGGGGGCGGUGAUGGCGUGGAACGUGUUCCGGUUCUGCACUGCCCUGCGGGGGCUGGGCUCCGUCAUGAUCUUGCUCGUCCUCGGCAUCGUCGGCGUCACCUACUACGCCGUCGUCGUAACCAACUAUGGCCCCGCCGUCCUCAAUGCUGGCGGCCUCGAAUCCCUUUCCGCCCUCGCCGCCUUGCUCCUGUUCCAUCUCCUGUUGGUGAUGCUUCUGUGGUGCUACUUCUCUGUAGUCCUGACAGACCCUGGCAGUGUUCCACCAAAUUGGAAGCCUACUGUGGAUGAGGAGAGGGGUGAAGAAACUCCAUUAAAUAACUUGGAGUUCACCAAUCAGAUUCUAAGUUUUCAGCAAUCAGCUAAUCUUGCAGACUCAGGAAGUCCGAGGACCAGAUACUGCAGGAAGUGCAACCACUUGAAGCCACCUCGCUGUCAUCACUGUUCUGUUUGUGGGCGAUGCAUAUUGAAAAUGGACCACCAUUGUGUUUGGGUUGUAAAUUGUGUUGGGGCUCUAAAUUAUAAGUUCUUUCUUCUCUUUCUG